CUUGCUCCAAUUAAUUGAGGUUAUUAUUCGCUGGAAAUUUGACUAUCGUCAGUCCAAAGUACAUUUUAUUUUAAUUUUUAUAAGUUGUAAACAUCCACUGGUUUUUGCAGUAGCUGGAGAGGGUCAGUUCAAAGUGUAGUUCCAAAGUCAGGAAACAGCUAUGUCUAGUUUACGCCUUUUCGGCCACUUGUGCAAGAACAAAAAUAUCAGUAAUAAAUUAUGCUGGAACUCAGUAUUGGCAAGAAGUAUGGCUACUGCCCAACAAAAACACACAAGCCUAAAAAUCGUGGACAAUGUAGGUCUAAUACUCCUCGAUUCCCCUGGAUCAAAGGUGAACUCCCUUAACGAAGAGGUUAUGGAUGAGGUCUCCAAACUCUUCCAAGAAGUCCAGAACAAUCCACAAAUCCAAUCUUGCGUUCUGAUCUCCAACAAGCCGGGAUGUUUCAUUGCUGGUGCGGAUAUCAACAUGAUUUCGAAAUGCAAAACUGCAGAUGAAGCUACGCAAUUAUCAAAGAAUGGUCAUCAGAUAUUUAACUUAAUAGAAAACAGCAGUAAACCAGUGGUGGCGGCAAUUCAAGGCUCUUGUUUGGGUGGUGGUCUAGAGACUGCUUUGUCCUGUCAUUACAGAAUCGCUGUAAAAGACAGGAAAACAGGGUUGGGAUUGCCCGAAGUCAUGCUAGGGCUCUUACCAGGUGGUGGUGGCACUCAACGCCUACCCAAACUAGCAGGCGUACCAACCGCCCUAGACCUAGCCCUGACAGGCAAAACUGUCAAGGCGGACAGAGCCAAGAAACUAGGCAUCGUAGACCUCCUAGUCGAUCCUCUAGGCCCGGGUUUGGAUACUGCCGAAAACGUAACGAGGAAGUACCUGGAAACCAUAGCCAUAGACGUGGCCAAGCAGCUGGCCUCUGGCAAACUAAAGGCUGAGAGGAAGAAGAGUUUUACUGACAAGGCUCUGGCCUAUGCUUUGCAGUAUAACUUUGUUAAGGACCAGAUUUUCAAGAAGGCCAGAGAUUCGGUGAUGAAAUUGUCUGGAGGGUUGUACCCUGCACCGCUUAGGAUAUUAGACGUCAUUCGCGAAGGGCUGGACAAAGGACAAUCGGCAGGUUACGAAGCGGAAGCUAAAGGUUUUGGAGAAUUAGCCAUGACGCCUGAAAGUAAAGGACUGGUCAGCUUGUUCAAAGGCCAAACCCAGUGUAAGAAGAAUCGUUUUGGUCAACCCACUAAAGAGUUUAAGACUGUAGCUGUACUAGGAGCUGGAUUAAUGGGUGCCGGUAUCGCCCACGUAACAGUAGACAAAGGCUACAACGUUAUCCUGAAGGACUCAAACUCAGCUGGUUUGGCUAGAGGCUACAAUCAGAUCAGCACUGGCUUAGGCAAUGCUGUCAAAAGGAAAAGAUUCAGCGGGUUGGAAAGGGAUAGAUUUUUGUCAAAUUUAAACGCCACAUUGGACUACAAACAGUUCAAAAACGCAGACGUUGUUAUAGAGGCAGUGUUCGAGGAUUUAAACAUUAAACACAAAGUGUUGAAGGAAGUAGAGGCCGUCACUAGGCCAGAUUGUGUGUUCGCCACCAACACUAGUGCUAUUCCCAUCAAAAAUAUCGCUGCAGCUUCGUCUAGACCAGAUAAAGUUAUUGGUAUGCACUAUUUCUCGCCUGUGGAUAAGAUGCAACUGUUGGAAAUUAUAACGACAGACAAAACUAGCAAAGAAACGACAGCUUUGGCUGUAGACGUCGGUCUAAAACAAGGCAAAGUUGUGAUUACAGUAGGAGACGGUCCUGGAUUCUAUACAACCAGGAUUUUGUCCGCCAUGAUGGCCGAAUCUAUCAGACUGCUUCAAGAAGGUGUCGAUCCUAAAGAUUUGGACAAACUAACCAAGAAAUUCGGCUUUCCUGUCGGAGCGGCAACAUUGGCUGAUGAAGUUGGACUUGACGUAGCUAGUCACAUUGGACCAGACCUAUUUAAGGCAUUUGGUGAACGUUUUGGAGGAGGUGACCAAAACAUCUUAGUAGAAAUCGUCAAAUCUGGUUUCCUAGGCAGGAAAUCAGGCAAAGGUAUCUUUAUCUAUCAAAAAGGAUCAAAAAGCAGGGACGUGAACAUAGAAGCCCUGGAAAUCUUGAAAAAAUACAGCCUGGAACCUAGGGGACCUUUUGAAGACGAGGAUAAGACCCUGAGAAUGGUGGCUAGGUUCGUGAACGAAGCCGUCCUGUGCCUUGAGGAGAAAAUUCUAGCCAAUCCACUUGAAGGUGACAUUGGCGCCGUUUUCGGUCUGGGCUUCCCCCCAUUCAGCGGCGGCCCCUUCAGGUGGGUCGACCAGUACGGAGCCGGCAGGUUGGUCUCCAAAAUGGAACAGUACCAGAACGCCUACGGUCUACCCUUCAAACCCGCCCAAACGCUUAUCGACAUGGCCAAAGACCCCAGCAAGAAAUUCCACCAGAGUUAGAGGUCGAAAAAAGAGCGAAACUUUUUAUUUAUGUUGUUGGUAUUUAAGUAUAGAGCCUGUUUUUGGCACCCUUUUUUUAUUAUUAUAAAUAUAUUUAAGUUAAAUCUACAAUUUAAAGAGAAUGAUGUAUUUUUUUGAAAGUAAAUUUAUUAUUGAUUUUUAA